GUGUUUCUCCUACUUCCUCUUUCCUCUAUGACUACUUUUGUUCUCCACUUUCUCUAGAUGCUACGGUUUCAGAUUACUGUAUAUUUCAAUUAUAUCAUAUUCAUUGAAUUCAUAUGGGUAUUUCCUUUUUUACUUUUGUUAUCAAAUGACAUGGUAUAUUACUAUGUUACUAUCUCUUGCCUAACGUGCGAAAAUCAUGCAUGCAAAAAACAUACUAGCUACUGCCAGAAGCCAACUUAUCUUUAUAUUAAAUGCCGGGUAAUUGUUUUAUGCCUCUGUGUUCGUGAGAGAGAGAGAGAGAGAGAGAGAGAGAGAGAGAGAGAGAGAGAGAGAGAGAGAGAGAGAGAGAGAGAGAGAGAGAGAGAGAGAGAGAGAGAGAGAGAGAGAGAAAGAGAGAGAGAGAGAUGGGGAACAUUUUUCCAGUCUACAAGUUUAUUCUGCAUGGGGUUAUGAAGCUAGUAGGGAUGAGACCCCAAACAGUGGAAAUCGAGCCAGGAACUAUCAUGAACUUCUGGGUGCCCAAUAAAAUUACAGAAAAGCAGAAAUCCAAGCCCGCCGUGGUAUUCAUCCAUGGGUUUGCAAUGGAUGGUAUCACCACAUGGCAAUUUCAAGUGCUAUCUCUUGUUAAAGACUACGCGGUUUAUGUUCCGGACCUUCUCUUCUUUGGAGGCUCCACUACGGAUAAACCGGAUAGGUCACUGGAGUUUCAAGCGGAGUGUGUGGCAAAGGGUUUGAGGAUACUUGGGGUGGAGAGGUGCACCGUGGUGGGGCUGAGCUAUGGAGGCAUGGUUGGGUUUAAGAUGGCUGAGUUGUACCCUAAUUUGGUUGAGUCUAUGGUGGUGACUUGUUCAGUUAUGGCUUUAACCAGGUCAAUUACUAAUGCAUCUCUUGAUAGACUUGGGUUCAAAUGCUGGUCAGAUUACUUGCUUCCCGACUCAGUCAAAGGUGUGAGAAACCUUUUUGAAAUUGCUGCCUAUAAAUUUCCGCAUCUCCCAGACUGGAUUUACAAACACUAUUUAGAGGUUAUGUUUGAACACAGAAAAGAGAGUGAGGAACUUUUGGAUGCAUUGAUUGUGGAUGACAAGGACUUUACAGCGGCUCAUUACCCACAGCGUGUGCAUCUUUUGUGGGGAGAGAAUGACAAGAUUUUCAACAUGGAAACUGCCAAUAAUCUCAAACUCCAACUUGGAGACAACGCAACUCUACAGUCCAUAGAGAAGACGGGCCACCUUGUUCAAGUGGAAGGACUAUUUGUAUACAACAAGGAACUCAAGAAAUUUCUCUCUUCCCUGUUAGAAGAAAAUGUGCACGAAUAGCAAACAAACUUUGCAAAUUGCAACCACUUAAACUCUAAUAGUUUGAAAUUUAAAUAACUGUUUUGCAAAAGCUAAUCGGUUCAUUUCGUGUUGUAAAUUGUUAUUGAGGCUGAUCAAAAGGCCUAUCGAAGGAAAGGAAAUACAAAUAUUUUGAGCUGAUAUCAGGCAACAGAUUAUUUUUCAUCUCUCGAAUUUUUCUUUAGAGGAUGUGGUUGAUUUUCUUUGUAAUAAAAAUAUUUGAGCCACAACUUGCUGAA